AUGAAUCCACUAACCAUCCUUUCUGGUAUCAUAGCUUUGGAGAUACUCUCUGGUGUCCUUCUUAAUCUGUUUAUAGCUUUGGUCUGCAGUAAGGAAUGGGUUACUCAUGGACACCUGGGUCUGAGCGACCAGAUUCUUCUUAUUGUUGGAUCUUCAAAUCUCGUCCUGGCGAUCCUUCACACCUUUAACUAUUUGUACUUUUUCUUCAUGUACCAUCUCAGCUUCUCGGGGCAGCUUCAGAAGAUAGCUACGUAUUUUGCUUUCGUGUCCUCCAUCUGCCUCUCGUUCUCGACUGCUUGGCUCUGUAUCUUCUACUGCAUCAAGGUCGUCAAGUUACAGAUUCCUUUUGCCACAUUCUUAAAAACACGGUUCCCCAAGAUGUUACCGCGCGUCAUGUUGCUGUCAAUGGCUGGAUCGGCUCUUCUUUGUAGUUUUGUAAGUCAUUAUUACUUUAGGAACGAUGCAGCCAAUCACACGCUGGAAGCUGGUCAUGGGAGCAUCACCGCCAUGAAAACGGACUCUCUCUACUACCUGUUCUUGUUCUUUGGCUUCUGCAUCCCCUUCGUCCUGGUGAUCGCUGCUCUGGCCGUGACUAUAAGAUCCCUCGUCUUGCAUAUCUUCAGAAUGCAGCAGACCCUGCAGAGUGUUUCCCAUCUUCACACUCACGUCGGUGCAAUAAGGACCAUGACUCUGCUGAUGGGCCUCUACAUCUUCUAUUAUGUGUCUCAGGUGCUACUGGCUUUGGACGUGUUUUCGGAGUUUUCUGGUUGGGGGUAUUUGUGUGUGAUUACCCAAUAUGCGUACCCAGGAUUAAAAGCCCUGCUUCUGAUCCUGGGAAACCCCAAACUGAGACUAAAAUGCACACGUCGAGCGUCAAUGAAUAUCAGGUGA